UAUAAUACAACAAAAAGUAAAUACAGUAAUUUACCAUCGUCGGCCGAACCAAUUGAUAUUGGUCGCAUUGAUAACGACCAUGUACCUCUGUGUUCUGUUAAUGAUGUUCAAUUGCGAUUUCUAGUACCAGACGAUUUAACAGAGGUACGAACAUUAUGCCAGGAUUGGUUUCCCAUCGAUUAUCCUCUAUCGUGGUACGAGGAUAUAACUUCCAGUUCAAGAUUUUUCUCGUUAGCAGCUGUAUAUAAUUUAGCAAUUAUUGGUUUAAUUGUAGCCGAAAUAAAACCCUAUAGAAAUCUUAAUAAGGAGGAUAAAGGUAUUUUACCGGAUAGUAUGGGUAAAACAGCCGAUAUUGGUUAUAUAUUAUCAUUAGGUGUACAUCGAAAACAUCGUCGCAAUGGUAUAGGUUCAUUACUAUUAGAUGCUCUUAUAAAUCAUUUGACAACAGCCGAGAGACAGUCGGUUAAGGCAAUAUUUUUACAUGUAUUAACCACAAAUCAACCUGCCAUAUUAUUUUAUGAAAAACGAAGGUUUGUAUGUAGACAAUAAUUUACUUUUACAAAA